AUGUUUGAAGUAUGCCUCGUAUUGUGCUUUCGUGUAUAUAUGUAGCUUUAUGUAGGACUACAUGUCAUGGCAACACUUUGAAGUUGAUAUAUUUGUAUUAUAGAAUAUAUAGUCAUGUUCUCUUUUUACAACUUUGAAGGAAAGGUUUUUACGUACCACUGCAGUGUUUGAUGUCAAGCGUCAUGAUGGGAUGCAAUUACCCGUAUUUUCCACUAGAGUAUGCUAUUGUUCUUCUUAACCCAAAUCCUCUGGCUUUACACAUCCAAAGAGAACUGGCUGAGCUUUGAACUGAAGCCGAAAUCCACAGCGCAAGUCGGUCAGAUAAACAGAAGAGAGAGAGAGAGGGAAGGAAAGAGCGUGUGUCUCAUAUGGAUGAACAGAGGCGCACUCUUGAUUUGGCCCUGAUCUUCUGCUAGUGGACACCGGAAACGGCUGCCUGAUCACCGUCUAUCAAAGAACAACGAUUGAGCCUGAGAAUAAACGAAAAGGGCUAUGACACAGGCGCUCCAAAGGCCGUGCACACGAGCCUAAUGAACCGGUUGUGCAACUCGUAGUGCCAUCCAUCUCCUUUCUGCAUUCCUCCUGUGCUCUGCAGCACCCCCUACAGGAACAUGUCUGAGGCACAGACUCAAAGUGACCGGGAGCAGAGUUGGGGUUGCCUGGAAUCGCUUGGACUCAGCCAGAGGGAGCUGGUCUUAGCAGAGGCCCUGCAGAUGGAGUAUGACGCCCUUGCCCGCCACCGACAAGACAAGGGACCAGCAAAUACUCUACCUCCUGAAACCAGCAAGUCAUCACCCGCGAGGAGCGAGCCCUCCAUGCCUAGACCUAUUCCCAUUCCUCCUCGGAAUACUUUGCAGCAGGGCAUUUCUGGAUCUGACCCCAUGCUCAACCACGUUCAACCUGGAGUGUCAAACUUAUCGCGAUCCAGCGGUGAGUCUCACGGAUUUAGUAAGGAGCCUCGUUACAUCCUGGACGAAUGGGAAAGUGAUUUAGAAGGAACAGCCCAACUGUUGUCAAAAGGUCUGCCAUCUCUAGAUGAGCCCCCACCACCAGUACCGCCCAGAAAUCCCAUCCCCCAGAACGAUCCAUUCAUUGUCCAUCGAAGCUCAGCCCCACGGGAUGUCAACUUGUUCACUCCUGAGGUGGACCAGCCCAAGCUUUCCUCUGGAGACACUCUGAACUAUGAUAACCUCAAUGACUCCCUUAGCAAGCUAAAUGGGGAUUGGCUGUCACCUAAUAGAAGCCGGAGAGUAAAUGGGGACAAAUCAGGGAAGGCAGUAGCUCGCAGUAACACCCUUCCUCCUCAGGUUCCUCCUCGCACCUAUUUUCCAGCGCAGAAGAGUACUAGAAGCCAACGCAGAGUAUCAGUUGAUCCGGUAUCCCUGGGGUCCAGGCCAAAUGGCUUUGGUUAUGAGCUCUUUCAGGUGUCUGAAGAGAGAGAUGAAGAAGUGGCGGCCUUCUGUCAUAUACUUGACUUGCUACGAUCGGCAUACCCAUGCAAUGACUACUCAAAAAAUGCAGGCUUUGUUUGGAGUCCGUGUGUGGCACAAGAUGAACUGCAGCAGGGCCUGGGGGUCAGCAUAAAGGUCACGGUUUAUAGUGAACACUUCAGAGAACCACUCACAUUCUCUUGUGAUGGAUUAUCAACCAUAGACCUGCUGAUUUAUCAGACACUCUGCUAUGCCCAUGAUGACCUGGAUAUGAUUGACGUGGAUGACUACCUGAUGAAAAUCUGCGGUCAGGCAGAGUUCCUCAAAAACAACCAGACUCUGGCAAGCUUUGAGUACAUCCAGCAGUGUUUGAAGUUUGACUGGGACAUUCAACUUCUCCUUACCAAACGGAGUUCUGUCAAUAUGGAGCUGGCCCGAACGACAGAGGAUGAUGAUACUCCAUCUACCAUGAACCACAGUAUUCUACUGCAAGAGAGGCCAAUCAAACAGACUGUGACCAGGGAGGCACUGACUCUUCUCCUGGAUACCUUUCACAAUGAGGCUGAGUCUUUCCUUUUAUCAGAGGUUGAGUUGCCAUUGCAUGUGGAGCGGUUAGUGCAGUCUGUGAAGGCCUUGUGUUCUUCUCUAGCAGCUGUUGAAACACCUGACAUCACUGCUGCCUUAAACCAGCUGCCAGCUUGCCCAUGCAGACUACAACCUAAAGUGCAGAAGGAUGUCAGUGUCUUGGUGAAGAGAGAAAACCGAGUGGCAAUUGUGGAGAAGUUAACUGCAGCCAUCUUGGAUCUUGUGGAGCUGUACUGCAGCACUUUCAAUGCUAAUUUCCACACCAUGCCACACAGCAGCAGAUCCACAGCCCCCAUACAGGAAGCUGGAAUGGUCACCAAUGUGCUUUCCUUCAGCAUUUAUGCAGCUCAUCGCAUCCCUAUCACAUGGGCUGCCAGCUAUGAAAAUUUCUUCCUGUCCUGUUCUCUCACCCAUGGCGAUGUGGAGCUUUGUGCCCCCCAGCACACCAGUAAACAGGCGGUCAGCAAAUAUCUCUUCCACCUGGUGGUGUGGGACCAGAGAGUUUGCUUCCCCAUCCAGAUCAAUCAGUUACCGAGGGAGUCACAGCUGACUGUGACGCUAUAUGCCACCCCUCUACCGCCCCCUGGAGGUGCGGAGGAAAAGAGCAAGCAGAAACGCAGCAUGGAGGCUUUGGGUUGGGUCACCAUGCCCUUAUUCAACUUCAGACAUGUUCUGACAUGUGGGAGGAAGCUUCUGGGUCUCUGGCCUUCAACCCCCGGCAGUGGAAACGCUCGCUCCAGUAUGCCCAACUUCAGCCAGCCAGACAGCGUCAUCCUUCAGGUGGACUUUCCCACUUCUUCUUUCGAAGUGCGCUUCAGCACCCCCGCUCCAGCAGAGUUCAGCCCCCAGUACGAGUUCUCCCGUCUGGACCAGCUCAGCCAGAGACAGCUACAUGAUAUCUUGCACAAGAAGUCCCUUUUCUGGUUGACUCCAGAGGAUCGGCGUCUUUUGUGGGAGAAGCGGUAUUUCUGCCACGUGGAAGCCAGUCGUCUGCCACUGGUCCUGGCCAGUGCGCCCAGCUGGGAGUGGGCAUGUCUGCCUGACAUCUAUGCCCUGCUCCGCCAGUGGGGAUGCAUGAAUCACCUGGACACCCUCGGCCUGCUGAACGCCAUGUUCCCAGAUCAGGAGUGCAGACGGACCGCGGUACAAUGGAUGGACUCGAUCUCUGAUCCUGAGCUUUUGGAUUUCCUUCCUCAGUUAGUGCAGGCGCUGAAGUACGAGUGUUAUCUGGACAGCCACCUGGUGCGUUUUCUGCUGAGGAGGGCCAUCGGGGAUGUGCGCAUUGCUCACUACCUCUUCUGGUUGCUGAAAGAUACUCUUCAGGACUCUCAGUUUAGCGUGAGGUAUCAGUAUCUGCUGGCAGCUCUUCUCUGCUGUUCUGGUCGUGGUCUGAGGGAUGAGUUUGAUGGGCAAUGCUGGCUGGUCAACAUUCUGGCGAAAGUUGCCCAACGAGUUAGAGACUCUUCGCCUUCAUCCAGACAGGCUAUUCUCCGGGAGGGGCUGGAGGAGGUCAAACAGUUCUUCUCUAUCAACAGCACCUGUCGACUUCCCCUGAACCCGGGCCUGCUAGUCAAGGGCAUCAACAUACAGUCUUGCUCCUACUUCAACUCUAAUGCAGUGCCCCUCAAGCUCUCGUUCCAGAACCAGGAUUCUUUAGGAGACAACAUCAACGUCAUCUUUAAGUCUGGAGAUGACCUGCGGCAGGACAUGCUGACGCUCCAGAUCAUUCGGAUCAUGAAUAAGAUCUGGAUCCAAGAGGGACUUGAUAUGAGGAUGGUGAUCUUCCGCUGCUUCUCUACUGGACGAGGCAGAGGCAUGGUAGAGAUGAUUCCCAAUGCAGAAACCCUGAGGAAGAUCCAAGUUGAGCAUGGAGUGACUGGUUCCUUCAAAGACCGGACAUUGGCAGACUGGCUGCAGAAACACAACCCCACUGAGGAGGAGUAUGAAAAGGCAGUGGAAAACUUCAUCUAUUCGUGUGCUGGUUGUUGUGUGGCCACAUACAUUCUAGGAAUCUGCGACCGCCACAAUGACAACAUCAUGUUGAAGACCAGUGGACACAUGUUCCAUAUUGACUUCGGCAAGUUCCUGGGGCACGCACAGAUGUUUGGCAACAUCAAACGGGACCGGGCUCCUUUUGUGUUUACUUCUGACAUGGCAUAUGUCAUCAAUGGAGGUGAUAAGCCAUCCAGCCGUUUCCAUGACUUUGUAGACUUGUGUUGUGAGGCCUACAAUCUGAUUAGGAAACAUGCACAUUUAUUUCUCAACCUGCUUGGCCUGAUGCUCUCCAGUGGGAUCCCAGAGUUGUCUGAUGUGGAUGAUCUAAAAUAUGUUUAUGAUGCUCUGAGACCACACGAAUCAGAAGCAGAUGCCACCAUGCACUUCACCAGGCUCAUUGAGUCCAGUCUUGGCAGUGUGGCUACUAAGCUCAACUUCUUCAUCCAUAACCUAGCCCAAAUGAAGUUUGCAUCCUCUGAGGAGCGUCCCGUUCUGUCAUUUGCUCCACGCGUCUACACUCUAAAGAGUGAUGGUGUUAUUCGCAGCCUGUUUGUUUGCAGACAUAUCAAAACCUGUACUCCAAGCAAAGGCUAUUCUUAUGUUGUGAAAGUGGAGCGGGAAGGUCAACAGGGGUCAACUUUAGUCCAAAGGACAUUUGAGGAAUUCCAUGAACUUCACCGUAAACUGCAGCUCAUCUUUCCUUCUUCAAAACUACCAAGCUUCCCCAGCCGCUUUGUGAUUGGCCGGUCUCGAGGCGAGGCCCUGGCAGACAGGAGAAAAGAGGAGCUAAAUGGAUAUGUUUGGCACUUGAUCCAUGCAGCUCAAGAGGUGGCACAGUGUGAUCUGAUCUACACCUUCUUUCACCCUCUACAAAGAGAUGAACGGGCAGGAAGUGUAGGAACUGUUGUUAAUACUCUCCAUAAUAAACCAGCAGAUGUGUCCUGGGCUCCUGUGCCCGGUACAGUGGCAGGUGAAGUGAAGCUCUCAAUUCUGUACAAGAGUGACAAGCUUUUCAUUAUGGUGAUGCACAUAAGAGGUUUGCAAUCCUUGCAGGACGGAACAGAUCCUGAUCCAUACGUCAAAUUGUACCUCCUCCCAGACCCUCAGAAAACUAGCAAAAGGAAGACCAAGGCAGCCCGGCGAACAUGCAACCCCACUUAUAAUGAGAUGCUGGUGUAUAACAAGAUUCCACGUGGUGAUUUGCAGCAGAGAACCAUUCACCUGCGGGUGCUGAGCGAGGGUGCAUUCUGGGAGAACACAUUGCUGGGUGAAACCAUCAUCCAACUGAAGGACCUCACCCCGGGCCAUCGCUGGGUUGGCUGGCACCAGCUUGGUGCUAGAGGCUCUGACAUAAACCGCUAAGACUUGUGCUGAAGUGAAGGAUUCUGCUUGUGUCCUUCGAUGUGCAUGUGUUUGUGUCUGUCUUUGCUUAUGGGUUGGGAGUUGGAGAUGCCCAGCUGCUCAGAAGGCUGUUUCCCCCAGUGGGGGUUUGUGUUUGAUGAUUCUCCUACCCAGGAGACGUGUAGACUCGGUGAUGGAGUGUUAUCACUUGAUACUGUUCUGGUGGGGUACCGUGCACCACGUGAACCAGAUUCUGGAUUUAUAAAAACGUUUCUUGGUGGACAAAAACCAUUUGGUGACACAAGGAUUGGUAGAAAGAAUAUAUAAAGAAUAAAUGACU